CAAUCCAAUCUCUAAUCUUUCAUCUCUAAUUUCUAACACAAAGAAAGCACACUCUUGUUCCUUUAUUGGCUCUUCCAUAUGACUCUUCAUCAAGUUUUUUGGCUAGUGUUAUUCUGUGCCAUGCCAUCUUGCCUCCACUACACCUUAGAUUCUCUCUCCUCUUCCAUCUCACUUCAAUUUUAAAAAGGUUUUUCCUUUAUGCUCAGUGCUGUAUUAUUGGGAAGAGAAUCCAACUGGGUAGUCUUUACUUUGCUCAAAUAAGCUUCUUUGGGAAUCUUUGUCACCCCAACAUCUAAAUUUGAGGAGAAUACUAUUCGACAUCAUUCCUGGGCAAUUGUUUAGUCAGAUAUAUAUUCCUUGAUCAGGACCCCUCAAAAAUGAAUUCUUUGACUGUUUUUUGUUCUAGACGCACCAUUUUGUUGAGAGACUGCUGCUGUUUAUUCGUUUGGGGUGCAGAAAGAACACAUGGAUGAUGGAAAUGCUGAGCUUUCUGAUAAGCUUUCAAAUAAUGUUCUAUUUUUGAAUCCAGAGUCAUCUAGCAGUUUUCAGGCUUCAGCAUCAGUGAACACAGUUCCUGAAUUAUGUAGGAGUAGCAGCAGAACAUGCACCCACACUCACACUUGCAACCCACCUGGCCCUGAUGCUGCUCACACACACACAUGCUAUCACACUCACACCCAAAUUUUUGAACCUGAAGAUGAUGACCACAAGGAGCACACCAACUCCAAAUCAAAAAGGCCUUCUGGCAACCGAGAAGCAGUUAGGAAGUAUAGGGAGAAGAAGAAGGCACACACAGCAUACUUGGAGGAGGAAGUUAAGAAAUUGCGUUUGGUGAAUCAGCAACUAGCGAGAAAACUACAAGGGCAGGCACUUCUUGAAGCAGAAUUGGCAAGGUUGAGGAGCAUUUUGGCACACCUAAAGGGGAAAAUAGACAGUGAAUUGGGUGCUUUCCCCUUUCAGAAGCAGUGUAACUCUUACAUUCUGAAAGAAGGGGAUGCUGGUUUGCUUUCUACUGCAAGGACAUAUGGCCUUCAGUGUCAGAACAAGUUGCCAUGCUUUCAUCCACAUGCAGGAUCAUCAUCCCAGGUCAACAUCUGUGCAUAUGGAAAGUCCGUGAGUCCAUGGGAAGGAAACUGCCAACCUGAAAUUGUAGAUUGUCAUGUUGAUGCAAAUAACUUGACCAGUACUGAAGGACAAACUGUUGAGACAGUGGAUAACUUCUUGUCAUCUGCAUCUCAAGAGUGAUGGUUUAGCCUCAUAAAUGUCUUUCUUCUCAAUUGCUGUCACUGAUACUAGGUAAGAUGAUGUACAUUUAGUUAGUGUUACCUAAAAGGUUUGUUUCUUACAUCAUAAAGUGAGUCAUGAAGUUUGCAUUCUGCAAUCUAUAGGAUAUGUAUAUAUAUAGGCAAUGUAUAUUUAGAGAUUUGUACAAUAUGUAUGCUAGCACACAUAAAGUAAGUGUUCUACUUCUUGAUAAACAGAUUUUGUUGUGUAUUAAGUUUAUAUUGCUAAAUAAAAUAGUACUUCAAAUUUAAUUUUGCUAUUAAAAA